CUGACCUCUACGUCAGCCUCUCUUGGCGCGGCUGCCAUCGACAUCGCACGCGGUAUUGGGCCGUUGAACAUUCCGCAGAACUGCAAACUUGGAUAUUUUCAUAAAAGAUGGAUCCAUCCAAGCUUGUCGACGUUCUUCGAGCUACACUUGAACCAAGUCAACGCGAAGAAGCAGAAAAACAGCUAACAGAGGUUCACAAGAUCAUCGGUUUCGCCCAGUGCUUCUGCAGGGUGAUGACAGACCAGAUUGACAUGCCUGUUCGGCAAGCAGGUGUAAUCUAUCUCAAAAAUAUGGUAACGCAGUUCUGGAGUGAAAAGGAAGUGGAAAACCUUGCAGAUCCUGUGCCUUUCAGUAUCCACGAGCAGGAUCGGCAGACCAUUCGAGAACACAUUAUUGAGGCCAUCAUCCAUGCCCCAGAUGUCAUCAGAGUUCAGCUAUGUGUUUGCAUUACCCUAAUCAAAUGCGACUUUCCUGGACGCUGCCUAAUGCUGCAGAAAAAGAUGGCCAUGUAUGUACAAUCAGAAAAUCAUGCAGCCUGGAUGGGAGCUUUGAUGUCCAUCUAUCACCUGGUCAAGGUAUAUGAGUAUAAGCGCUGUGAGGAACGAUCAAUAAUGGACCAGACAAUGAAAUUGAUGCUGCCCCUGCUCUACCAGCGUAUGCAGUUCCAGCUGCUGCCAGACCCAUCAGAACUGUCCAAUCUUCUGCAGAAACAGAUUCUAAAGAUCUUUUAUGCCUUCACACAGAAUUACCUGCCUCAGGAUGUGGUCACAAAGGAAGUCUUCACACAGUGGAUGGAAAUUAUUCGUCAAAUCGUAGAGCAUGAUGUGCCACUGGAAACUAAUCAAAUUGAUGAAGAAGAACGUCCGGAGCUUGCAUGGUGGAAAGUUAAAAAUGGCGUGCACAUCCUAGCACGUGUUUUCGAAAGUCCUGGGCUAAUGUUCAUCAAGGAAUAUGCCCAGUUUUUCAGAAUGGUACCUGAAAACUUUUCAGCUGGUAUUCUAACAGGUGUUGAUGAACUAAUGGACCAGUAUUGUCUCAAGCAGUUGUGGCUUCCCCGAUUAGCAUGCGCAUAUCUGGAAAAUCUAUCAGAGAGCCACAUGCAGCUUUCUUUCCUGUUCAUUUUGGAACGCUUUCUGUCCGUCAUUCAUACCAUUUGUGCAACUAGCUGCUUCUUCAUCACAGGACACAUUGAGCCUCUGGUCACGGCUGGCAUCCAGAGGAAAAUUUACAAGGACCAAGCUGAGCUCAUGCUUACCACACAUGAUCUUCCCAGAAUUCACGCAGUCCACAUGGCCUUUCUGAGGCCAGACAUGCCGUGGGUGAUACGCUAUUUUUGCGAACUCAAGUUCCAUAGCGAAAAUAACAUGGUGCAGGCAGUGGAGGCUGUCAAGUCCUGCUGCUGGACUGACAAAGAUCUCCCAGUGCGAGUGGAAGCGCAGCCCUGGCUCUGCAGAUUGCUUAUCACAGAGCAGGAAAGAGCAAAAGUCUACUUGCAGCCCUUCAUUAAACCAGUUGUCUUUGAACUGUUGAAUGUGAUUCGGGAGACAGAAAAUGACGAUUUGACUGGUGUGAUGCAGCGUCUGGUGUGUACUUAUGUGGAGGAGGUCACGCCUUUGGCUGUAGAGAUGACCAGCCAUCUGGCCCAAACAUUUGCCCAGGUUUUAGAUACAGAUACAGAUGGCUCAGAAGAGAAAGCUAUUACAGCUCUUGGCAUUCUCAACACAAUGGAGACCAUCUUAAAUGUAAUGGAGGAUCAAAAAGAGAUCAUCCUGCAGCUGGAAGGAAUUGUGCUUAAUGUCAUUGGCAUCAUCUUACAGCAAAACAUCAUGGACUUCUACGAGGAGGUUUUGUCCCUUAUCUACAGCCUAACUAGUGCUCAGGUUUCCAGUCACAUGUGGGAGGUAUUUCCCAUGGUCUACCAGAUGUUCAAGAAAGAUGGCAUUGACUACUUUACAGACAUGAUGCCAGCACUUCACAACUAUGUGACUGUUGACACAGAUGCUUUCCUUUCCAAGCCAUAACCUGGAGAUAAUUAUGACAUGUGCAAGACGGUGUUGACCGGGGAUGUAGGAGAAGAUGCAGAGGUUCAUGCAGCCAAAUUAAUGGAAGUGGUAUUGCUGCAGUGCAGCGGAAAAGUAGAUAUGCUUUUGCCUAUGCUGGUUGAGCUUGCCUUACAACGGCUGACUAGAGAGGUCCAGACCUCAGAGCUGCGAACCAUGUGUCUGCAAGUGGUAAUAGCAGCCCUCUAUACCCGCCCACAGCUUCUGCUGGACACACUCACGGCCAUGCACAUACCAAAUGUUCAGGGGUCUAUUCUGGCUCAGUUUCUCAAGCAGUGGCUGCAUGAUGCUGACUGCUUUUUAGGGCUUCAUGACCGCAAACUGAGUGUCCUUGGGCUGUGCUCUCUACUGACCAUGACCAACAGCCGGCCUCCAGAGUUAACAAGCAUGGCUAGUGAGAUGUUGCCUGCUCUCCUGGUACUUUUCCAAGGUCUAAAGCGAGCAUAUGCGUGCCAUGCUCAGGAAGAAAAUGAUUCAGAUGAAGAAGAGGAGGAGGAGGAAGUUGAUCAUGAUGCAGAGGUGCUAGCCAGUGAUGAAGAUGAGAUUGAUGAGGAGGGUCAACAGUACCUGGAACGAUUGGCCAAAGGUGCUGGUAAUGAAGAUGAUGACACAGAUGGCGAGUACAGUGACUCUGGGGCAGAGGAAACGCAGCUAGAGAGUUUUCAGACCCCUUUAGAUGAUGAACGCUGUCCAGUUGAUGAAUAUGUGGCUUUCAAGGAAAUUCUCAGUAAUUUACAGGCUGCGGACAGUGCCUGGUAUGCAGCUCUCACAGCACAGUUAACACCACAACAGCAGCGGGAAAUUGAAGACAUCUUCAAACUUGCUGACCAAAGAAAAGCUGCUUCAGAGUCCAAAAAGAUCGAACAGGGAGGUGGCUAUAUCUUCACAAGUCGCAAAGUCCCUGCGUCCUUUAACUUUGGAGCAGCUCCCAAUGCCUAACUGGACAUUGCCAGAAGUGAGGCCAAGUUUUCAUGCAAUGGUGGACUGGAGACAGCAUUGCAAAAAUGCUUUGUUCAGCUUAUAACACAAAAUGCAGUCCUUUUUUCUUUUUUUCUUUUUUUUUUCCCCUCUGCUGCCCUUAUCCCAUAUUGUUUUUAAACAAGAGAUUGAGCAUACAGGUCUCAUUUUUAUUCUUAUCUAACAUCUUAUCUGUUGUUGUUUUAGCUCUUUGAAUAUGAAGGCUUCAGAGAUUAUUUUAGUCAGCAAAGGCUGUAAAAUAGUCUCUUUUUAUAUAUAAAAAACCUGAAGUUUUUGAGAAGUGUCAGCUGUCAAUGUGCCAAUUUCCUAUAAUUUUUCUUCACCAUCCUUUACCAUCCACUGCUUUUCCACAGAGAAAAAUGAAGAAAAUUAAGUAGUAAACUUUAAAAGAAACUUCCAAGAUUGAUGAAGCUGUAUGCUGAAUUUCUGGCUGCUGUGUUUGAGUGGUAAAGUUUGAUGCUGUAGUGCAAUGAUUCAUCACGAAUCACUCACUUGGGACAAGUGGCUGCGUCAAGGAGAGACAUGGAAAAGACUGUCCUACCUUUGUAACAGAACAGAUGUCGUAGAUACAGCAAAAGCAUAAAAAGAACUCUCAUUGUUCUUUCAACAUCUCCACUUAUUGAAAAUGUUAACCAUAUGCUGAGCACAAUUUGUAAUUAAGUUUGUUUUCAUUUGGAAUUGGAGCAUAUGUUCUGCCACAGCAUUCAGAUGUCUCUGCUUGAAAUGUGUACAGGUUGCAAAAUUAGGUUUUUAAAGUGUUUAGCUGCCUGACACUAUUUUAAGCUUUUUGGGGGGUAUCUUCAUGGUAAUGCCUAUUAAUUUUUUUUAGGAUGGUGUGUCUGUACAGUUUAGUGGCAUGUGUAACAGUCUUGUAGAUGUGAAACAGUUUGUGAUAUGUACACAAUUUCCUUUUUCUCCAACCUUUGCAGCUUUUCUUUUCUUUUUUCUUUUUUUUUGGUCCGAUAUAAGAUGUUUAAGACAAAAUAAGGUGUUCUGAGAAAGGCUUGAGUUGUCUCGUUGGUACUACUGGGGUUCAAAUUACCUGAACUCCUUCUUUUCCAUCUCCCCUUCACAGCAUGGUCUGUCCCGCCACUACUGGCUUGGCUAGCAGUGGCUGCAGAUCAGUCACCUGUUUGCUAGGUGCGCAAGAACUACCAUGAAGUUGGUGCAUUUCUGAUAUUAAUGCACCUCUGCAUGCUUGGUUCAGUACAUUUUGCAUAUCACAGUCACAUGAUUUUGGUCUAGCCCUUCUUUUGAGAGGGUCAGAUCAGUGGUGCAGGCAUGAUGAAAGAUGUGACAAGUCCCCUCACAUUCAUCCCAUGCCAAGCACAUUGUUCCUCAUUCUCUGUUUCUCAGGGCUUUUUACCCUGUGGAUCACUCCAAGGUGCAAGGUAGGCCAAUUCAAAGUAUUGUUCCUCAGGGCUUUUUACCCUGUGGAUCACUCCAAGGUGCAAGGUAGGCCAAUGCAAAGUAUUGCUCCUCAGGGCUUUUUACCCUGUGGUUCACUUUGUUGUAUUAAGUAGGGCAAGAUUUGUAUGUUUUGCUGUUGAGGGGAAGACAACAGCUCCCUACUAGACGUUUUCUCUAGCCCUGUCUAAGAUAGCGCAGGGUUGUGUGCUGCUUAGGCUGCACAGUCUCCCCAGAAAGCUAAGGGCUGAUCCUUAAGCUUGAGGGUAUGGUGAUGUGUUUAGCCUCGAUUUUAGGCUGAUGUUUAAUGUCCUUUCUGCAUGACUGUGAUACACUUCUUCCGCCCAUCUUCCAGAGAUGGUUGUACGCUUGGCGUCUUCCAUUCUCUCUGGGCUGGCAGCUACAGUCCAUAUGGCCAAGCAUCACUUUGGUGCCAUGGUCAACAAUUGGAGGCUUGCAUAUUGCUGCAUAUAUCCCAUCCUUGCCAUGUGUCAGGUUUCCGGCGUAUGUGUGAAAGUUGCACGACUCAAGGAGGGGGGGAGAAGUGCCAGCUGUGACAUCUUAUUGUGUCAUGGUCCUUUUCUGUACUUUGGGUCAUCUGAGUGUUGGAUAGUCCGGAUCACUUAGUGUGCUGCAAGUUUUAAGUGUGAAGUUUACAUAUAUUUUUUAUGUCAGAAUGAAGUAUAUGGUUACAUGUUACAGAGCAUUUUAACCUCUUGCAAUUUGGACUAAAGAAAAAAUUCAUGAAGGUUUGGUGUGGCAACAAAUGCUCUGCUUUUCUACCCGUGCUGUGAACAUACACAUCUGCUCAAAUGUCUCAUGGUGCAAGUUGUCUAGUAUGGAAGUUAUUUUGUUGUGACUUGAGUUUCCUGUUUUGAUGCAAUGGAGCAAUAAUACAAAUUAUGCCACAGCAGUGAGCCUGUGUUGAAUCUAGAAACCCGAACAACAAGAAAGUACUUAUUUGGGGCCUUCUGGAAUCAGCCAAUCAAAGUUUAAUCAGCAGGCAAUGCUCAGCAUUGACAAAUCCAAAACUAGGUAUAACUGGCAACUUACCUGUUUUCAAGUAUUGAGAUUUUUUUUCAUGCUAAAUAUGACCUUUUUUUAGCAAUAUGAAAACCAUAACAUUCUUUGUAUUACAAGCCAAGCCAAUAUCCAGGUUUUAAGAGUUCUUUGGAAGAUACAUACAAAAAGCACUGUUUGGCUUGGUUUAAAGUCUGGUUUGGCUGACAUAUUGCUACAACUCAGACCUUUGACUUAAUUUUUCAAGUCUUGAUUCAUUCACCAGCAGCACUGUACUUUUGUUUGUUUGGUUUUUUUUUUCCCCCAUGCUGCCGUCUUUGCGCUGGUUUCCUCUUCUGAAUUAAAGCAAUUCAAAUGAAAUCAAUAAAGAUUUUAAGAAACCUAAAGUGUACAAAUAUUGUAAUUGUUUAUACUUCUGCAUGACAUUUAUUAAAUAAUUAGGCAUUAUCAUCAGAUUAUACAAGUCUUUGUAAUGUUCACAAUAUUAUGCUUUAAUGUUGGAAAUAUGCUCUUGAAUUGCUGCAGUUAAAAAUACAGAUUUUAUUACAUGAAAA